AUGCCGCCGAGGACCUUUUCACUCGACAUCAGCCGCUGCAGCAGCUAUGUCUGUAAGUCGUGUCUCGACUCGCUGCGACCUGCCAAUACACGACCGUUCUCAAUCACUGCAAGGACAUUUUCGCGGCGGGCUCUUCGGCUCACCAAGCCCCAGCCUCUGGCUUCCCGGAACCACAACACGGCAUCUCUCGACUCUAAGGCUCUCCAAAAGUUCCUUGAGGAGGAAGAUGACAGCCAGCCAGACAACGUUGAAAACAAUGACAAUGAACCCCUGGUCACAUACUGGGAGCAGGAUGCCACUGGAAAGCGUCGGCCCCUUCGCGACCUCGAUGAAUUCAAUAUGUCGGCCACAGGCCUGGACGCGGACGUUCAGAAACGCAUCAAGAACCUGGAGAAAGAUCUAGAAACCACCAUAAGCAUGCUGCAGCAGCUAAAGAACCAAGAGGAUCCCCAAAAAGCAGACGAGUUGUACCAGCAUUUCAAGAAGAUAUUGGCAGUCCGAUAUAAAGGGAAGAUAGGUCCAGAAGGCGAGGAAUAUGGCCUUCUUCGCAUUCCAGGCUUCACGGGGGCUCACCAACGAACAGUUCGUCGCCUAAACACAUUUUUCACCCGCGACACCCUUGUUCUCGGCGGCAUUCCAAAAUCCAAGGACAUCGCCGACUGUUGGAAGUUCUACUCGUCAGCACGGAAAGCACUCUCAACUGCCUGGGAGAAUGUGCCCUAUGAAGUGUGGAAUUUUUUGUGGACGCUCCUGUCGUACGAGGGCAAUGGAGUAGACAACCCAAACCGCAUGCAGCACAUCUACAUUUUGUCGAAAGAUAUGAAAGCAGCUGGUGUUCCUUUUCGUGACUCGCAAAAGCUUCUCGCCAUUGAAGCCAUGUUUAUCGAGGGUUGGGAAGAAGAGGCCAUUGAGACGUGGAAAAAGUCGGUUGCCACUCUUGGUUCCAAUCCCGAGACGUUCAAACAAUUCUAUGAGCUAGGAAUCCGCAUGCUGUCUCUUCGCGGCGAUACAGACCGGGCUCAGCGUGCUGCUGACACUCUUCUGCAAUCUCCCCAUUCACCAGACCCUCGGAUCCUCAUUCCCCUCAUCCGUGCACUCAUGGCAAAAAGCCCGCCCGAAUCUGAUAAUGCUUGGAACAGAUACCGACAGAUGAGGGCCCUUCUUGGGGAAAAGAUGACCAUUGAAGACUACGACGAGAUCAUAGCCAUGUUUCUGGCAGGCGAUUGCAUGGAAUAUGCUCUACAGGCUUUCGUCGAUAUGAUGUUUUCUGGCGCCAUCGAUAUUCGCGGGAAGACAAGGUUGCCAAUUUUCGUUGGCAACCAUUUCUUCAUUGGGAAAUGGUUGAAACGCCUGAUUGGCGCAGGAGACCUUGAUGGUGCUUACAAGGUGGUGGUAUAUGCCCAAAGUCGAGGCAUCACAACCCCUGCUGUCCAGCUAAACGGCCUUAUUGGCGCAUGGAUGAGGUCGGAAACGGCUGAAAAUCUUCAGAAAGCUGAGGCACUAGCAUGGAAGAUGAUUCAGGCGCGUUUGGCUUACGUCCAUGCUCGCAAGCAUGGCGUAGAACCCGAAUACGACAAGCCCUUACCAUCGCCAGCCGAAUCUGCUAUUAGCAGAGAGGGGGACCAGCCAGAGUACAUCUGUCGGACCAGAGCAUCGGCAGAGACUUUCUGCCUUUUAGCAGAAAGCUACUGCUCUCGCAAGCUUCAUGGGCGCUUGUUGGAGCUCUUUGCGGUGCUCAAGGAGGCCGAGAUCGGCACAACGAGCUUCCUCAUGAAUCAGUUGAUUCGGUCAUACUCGCAGAAUAACGACAACGAGCAAGCGAUUGGCUUGUACAACAGCAUGACCAAGGAACAGGGCAUUCGACCCGACGGGCACACCUUCUUAACCUUGUUCAAUUGCCUUUCAGUCAAUCGCCUCAUCCAGCGAGACCCUGUUCUCGCCAGGAGAGACAUCAGCCUUGCCCGGAGUUUCUUCAAGGAUAUGGUCGAGGCGGAUUGGACGUUCGACUCCGCGGAACUCUUCGCUCAGCUCCCUCGCACCAUACUUUUCUCGAUGCUCAAGGCUCGCGACUAUUCCGGCUUCAUCGUGGCUGCCCGAGCCAUGAAGGAGAUCUUCGGGUUUCAUCCACCGGAUGCACUCCUGUUGGAAUUACUCACUGGUAUUGGCGCAUUCCAAGCCCGCACUAUGCGGAACGCAACCCGAGUGGUGCAGGGGAAGAAGGUGCUAGAUGCCAUGAUCCGGCAACACAGAAUGGAGCUGAUUCGGCAGGGCCACAAAGGUGACGAGCUCAGCGAGGAAGAAGAGCUUGAAGAGAAGGAGGCUAUUUUGGAGAAGAUUGUUGUUCAUAAGGCCAAGCAGUAUUGCCUGGAUCUGAACGACAUAAAGGCAGGAAUGGAUGAGGCUGCUCAUGAGAUGGGUGUAUACGACAUUGUGAUGCUGAAGGACCCAACUGUUAUCGAAAAGCGCCUUAAGUUGCAGAAAAUCCGCGGCGAAGAAGAGAAGCUCUGA